UGCUUAGUUAACGAUCUUUACCGGUUUACAAGAAAAGAAAAUACACUGACAGCAGCAUCAUGGCUGCGGCAAGUGAGUUCAGAGCUAUCUCCAAGGUGGUGGCAUUAGUGACAGGGGCUGCCUCAGGACUGGGCAGAGCCACAGCGGCUAGACUAGCAAGACAGGGUGCUUGUGUACUGGUUGCAGAUCUGAAGAGCAGUGAUGGAGCAGCUACAGCUAAGGAAAUGGGAGACAAUGCCACCUUUGUGGCCACAGAUGUGACUUCAGAGAGUGACGUUAAGAACGCACUCCAGGUUGCUAGGGAACGCUAUGGUGCUGUGACAGUGGCUGUCAACUGCGCUGGUAUUGCCAUUGCUAAGAGAACACUCACUAAGAAAGGACCUCAUCCACUGGAAGAGUUCCAUCAGAUCAUCAAGGUGAACACUGUAGGGACAUUUAAUGUGAUCAGACUGGCAGCUGAGGCUAUGACCCAGGGGGAACCAUACAACCCCUCAGGGGAGAGGGGGGUGAUUGUGAAUACUGCCAGUGUGGCUGCCUUUGAUGGACAGAUUGGACAGGCUGCCUACUCUGCCAGUAAAGGGGGCGUGGCGGGGAUGACCCUUCCAAUUAGUAGAGACCUGGCACGAUCGGGUAUACGUGUGUGUACCAUUGCACCAGGGCUGUUUUUGACUCCAAUGUUGGCUGGUCUACCAGAGAGUGUGCGCCAGGAGUUGGCCAAGACCGUUCCCUUCCCUCAGAGAUUAGGCCACCCAGAUGAGUACGCUCAUCUGGUACAGAUGAUAAUUGAGAACCCAAUGCUAAAUGGAGAAGUGAUCCGAUUGGACGGAGCUAUAAGAAUGCAACCAUAGCAACACUGCAACUAUAACAACACUGAACUAUUAGUAGACUGUUAGUUGUUACUAUAAUUAUAAUUAUAUUUGGAGGAUUGUCUACCCGCGGCCACAUUUGGAAAUAACAAACUUUAUCCUAUA